AUGGCGAGACAGCGGUCUAUCACUUCUAGGCGCUCGUCUCAAAGCCGGGAUGCUUCCAAGAUGAGGUCAUCGCGGACAGUGUCACCAGGUUCAAAGACCGCAGAAAUGGGAACGUUACCGAAGUUGUGGCUGAAACUCAGGCUCAAUGUUGGCAAUAAGGAAGAGAAGACGGAUCCGUUUCCUGCUACAGCGAAUGAACAGAAUACAGACUACAACAGUGGCCUUCCACAGUACCCUGCUGGGCAGUUGUCAGUGAAGACACGAACUGGACGGACAGUACAUAAGCGGCAGCAUGAGGAUGUCAUACAGGGCAGUGACUAUGACCAGUUGAUGGGUCUUAGCUCUGAGGGCUUUGAUAACGACGACUUCAAGUUUCAGCCAGACUUCUCAAGUGACUUGCGUAAGUGUAUUUCCUCGGGAAACCUAUACAAGGCUGCACUGCUAAGCAGCACAGCAAAUGCGUUGAGUAACGCCCAAGGAUACUCAGGAGUCUUCUCACCAGAAAAACGUCAGAAAAAACGAAGCCUGGGUCGUCCACGCGGCAAACGACCCUCGUUCACAUCGCACUUGGAUAAGGUAAGUGAAGAAGAAGACUGUCCGUCAUCAUCCACACUCGCAGCUCAGUCUUCUAUUGAGCACACGAGCUUCCAACCCAGCCAGGACGUCUACGACAUCCUAAACAGCCUCAAGGCCAGCACCAAAACGCACAUCGACCUCCCCAGUCUCGGCAACACCAACGACCCCGACACCAUCCAACCCUACAGCGCUGAGCUCCUCACCCACCUCUACAUAACCUGCUACCACCAAAACCUGUGGAACCUCUGCGACCUCAUCACCGACACCUGGAUCCGGGCCUUCCACACGCGCCGCAAAAAAGCCACGACAGACCCUACCUACACGCUGUGGCGCCCCAACAAAGCGCUCUCGCACCGCAAACGCGCCGCCCAGCGCGCCCGCCUCGCCGGCGUCCUGAUGCCCUCAGAAUACGACGCCAACCCGCGCAACCUCGGUCUCGACGCCACGGACCCGGACCUUGACGCCAACACAACAGACACGCAGCUCCACCUCGUCACCCUCCUCUACGAGCACACCCCGACCGCCUGCGGCGCGCGCAUGCUGUGGGCCGAUGCGCUGGCGCUGGCGGGGGAUCAGACGGAGAAGGAGAUGGAGGUGGCGCGGAGGAGGGGGGUGACGGUGCAUCCGGAUUUAGUGUGGAAUGUUAUGCAGAGUGGGCUGAGGAUGGUGAGGAGGAGGUUGACGAUGAAGUGUGAGGAGAGUACUGAGGGUGCGUGGUGUAGGAGGUAUCAUGAGCAUGGGAGGAGUGGGGCGAAUGGGGGGAGGUGUUAUAGGGAGGUUGCUGCGGAGGAGAGGGAGGAGGAGGAGGAGGAGGAGGGGGAGGAGUAG